AAGGAUUUCAUCACCAGAAUAACAAUAAUUCCAUCGAACAACAACCAGAGAAUCCCCUCUCAUUUUCUACUCCCGUGGGCGGUUUUCGGAUUUCGAUCACUGACCCAACUUUAAGGCCUCAAUCUUUAAAACUUGUUCUUUUCUUAGUUCUUAUCCUCAUUGUUCGUAUUGCUUUCUUGCAGUCAGGACUUGGGGUUUUGACGAAGAAUGUUUAAUGGGUUCCAUAGAUCAUCCGCAGAUCUUGUAAUCGCUUGAUCUAGACGACGAUAACUGAGGUGGAUGGAUGUUGGCUUCUGUUGAUCGAUAACCAAAGCCUGUGAGGUGAUUGGAUCUUCACCUGGUUACCAUAAGUGGUUAGGUUGGUUUCGUGUUUGCUGCUUCUGCAAUGUCAGUAUCUUUUGUGAUUUGUUAUCUGUUUUAAACAAAUCAAUCAACACCUAUCGGGCUUUACCUUAAGGUAACUUGAACCACUACUCCCUACUUUCCCAGUGAUGAUCAAACAGAUACUGAACAGGCUCCCCCGGAAGCCCUCCAAGUCAGCUGAAAACCGUGAUGGAGGAACCUCUACUUUUCCUCCAAAUUCUUCUUCUAAUUCAAGAAGCAGUGACUUAUCUGGUGCACGUUCAGGGAGUUCUAAUGCUAUGUCUCUAUCGGGGACUAAUUCCAUUUCUGCGACUGGGGCAAACCACGGAAAUAAACUUCUCCAUGGUUCAAGUGCCAAAGAGAACGGGGCCUUGGCAGUUUUCCACUACGAAGCAUUGCCUAAUUUUAGAGAUGUUCCCACUUCCGAGAAGCAGAGUUUGUUCAUAAAGAAGCUCAACAUGUGCUGCGUACUUUUUGAUUUCACAGACCCCACAAAAAACAUGAAAGAGAAAGAUAUAAAGCGGCAGACUUUGAUGGAGCUUGUUGACUAUGUUGCCUCAGUGAAUGUGAAGUUCAAUGAAACUGCCAUGCAAGAGAUCGUAAAAAUGGUUUCCACAAAUCUGUUCAGAUCACUUACCCCUCAGCCUCGUGAAAACAAGAUUUUGGAAGCUUUUGACUUGGAAGAGGAGGAACCGACGAUGGACCCUUCGUGGCCACACCUGCAGAUCGUGUAUGAAUUCCUUCUCAGGUUUGUGGCCUCACCCGAGACGGAUGCCAAACUGGCAAAGCGGUAUAUUGAUCAUUCCUUUAUCAUCAGACUGCUAGAUCUAUUUGAUUCAGAAGACCCUAGGGAAAGGGAGUACCUUAAAACAGUCCUCCACAGGAUUUAUGGAAAGUUCAUGGUGCACAGGCCAUUCAUUAGGAAGGCAAUCAAUAAUAUAUUCUAUCGGUUCAUUUUUGAAACAGAGAAACACAAUGGGAUUGCAGAGCUGCUGGAAAUCUUGGGCAGUAUAAUUAAUGGGUUCGCCUUACCACUGAAGGAAGAGCAUAAGCUUUUCCUUGUCCGUGCCCUCAUCCCGCUUCACAAACCAAAGUGCAUCCAAAUGUACCACCAACAGCUGUCUUACUGCAUCACACAGUUUGUGGAAAAGGAUUGCAAGCUUGCUGACACUGUUAUUAGGGGUUUAUUGAAGUAUUGGCCUGUCACAAACAGCUCUAAGGAGGUUAUGUUCUUGGGUGAGCUGGAGGAGGUCUUAGAAGCUACACAACCUCCAGAGUUCCAACGCUGUAUGGUACCUUUGUUCCGCCAAAUUGGCCGGUGCUUGAGUAGCUCACAUUUUCAGGUGGCCGAGAGAGCCUUGUUUCUAUGGAACAAUGAUCACAUUGAGGGCCUAAUAAAACAGAACCGAAAAGUUGUACUGCCAAUAAUCUUCCCUGCUCUGGAGAGAAAUUCCAGAACCCACUGGAACCAAGCAGUCCAGAGUUUGACCCUUAAUGUCCGCAAACUCUUCUCGGACAUAGACCCUGAGCUUUUCGAGGAAUGCUCGCAGAAAUUCCAGGAAGAUGAAUCCCGUGAACAUGAAGUCAUGGUGAAACGGGAAGCAACCUGGAAGCGGCUUGAAGAUCUUGGCGGCAUUAAAGCCGCAAGCAAUGAAGCGGUACUUGUCUCUCCAAGGGCGGCAGCGGCGGCCAGUCGUGGCGCGACAUCUGGUUAAACUCUGGCCAGGACCCACAUCUUGUUUGUUUGUAUCACUGACUGAGGAGUUGAAUCAUCAUAACAAACACUGAGGGAGUGAGAAAGAUGGAUCUCUACACUCAUAAAUGCAUUGAAAUUUCUCCAGUUUCACGGGCGACGCUGCAUUGAUGGGGGGCUGUACAUAUGGGAAUUGGGGUUAAAGAAGUGUCUCCAUAUUUUAUAACUUGAGUCAAUUUGGAUGAUAUUAAAAACCUGGCAUUCUCUCGGUUUGACUAGGAAUUAUAGGGUGGCUUCAUUUUGCAGGACCCCUAACUCCUCCCUAGAUGAUUUUGAAUUUUUAGUCUUUGUUAUCAUUAUUCUGUGUACUCCUCCCCUAUUCUGCACUUAUCAUAUAUCCUUAUUUGUACCAUUUUUUUAAUACAAUUCUAUAUAUGAGAAGUUUAAGAAAUGGUGGCUGCUUCGGCCUUCUGUAGGAUGUAGUUCAAGAAUCUAAUUCC